CCCUUGCAACAUCAGUGUGUGAGGGACUGUCGUGAAUGAAAGUGCGUGGACGCUGCCGGGAUGGAUCACUUCAAUACUCACCAACUCAGCUGGGAGACAGUGGCGCCACGCAAACACCCUCGGAGCUUGAGUGAUCUGGCUCUGUCUCAAGUGACCAACGCUCUCACCAUCGCUCUCACCACCUCACCUCUCACUCCAAUACCACAGGAGCUGAGUGAGGUGUGUGUGGCAGUGAACACCAUGUUGCCGCUAGAGCUGAGGACGGCAGUGGUGCAGGAGGUGGUGGAGACACAGGUCAUUCACGAUCACAUCACCCUCGUCAGAACACUCCUCCUACACCUUCAGGUGGACGUGCAGCACCUCUCCCUCGUCACCGACAGCACGGGUCCCUGGCUACACCUCGGCCAAGACUACAGCACACACUUACUCGAACAAUUAGAUCCAACAACCAAGUUCAAUCUCAACUCUCUCCACCUGGACGGGGUAACUAUGGCGCCCGGAGUCCUUGCUGAGAUAAUUCACCGUUCUCCUCAUCUAAAAUCCAUCCAUGUUGCUGGUGAUGAGACAGCUUCAGAAGUUCUAUCUUACAUUAAGAAGAAUCCCCGGGGGCUACACUCGCUGCACCUCGACAAUUGUAACGUGACAGACCUGGACGUGGUGCACGCCUUAGUCAAGAGUUACAAGGACGCCAACUCGUGGCUGGACAUCGGUGGUGGUGAUGACAACCUGGACACAUCCUGCCCUCCACUGUGUCACUUGAUAAUCCAGUCUCCGCUGGUUACCCUGUGUGGUGCUGUGGUGCUGUUACACUCACUGCGUAACCUCCGCAACUUGCAGUACAGUUACUGGAAUUCCUCACUGUGUAAUCUUUUUGUGUACUUGAAGCAACAGUCAUCAAGCGCUGCACCUUUUAGCCUCACGUCCCUCUCUCUAUGGCAGGUGACUGACAGGGCUCUCGAGACCCUGAGCCUGUGUCCUUAUCUGCAGCACCUCAUGAUGGAGUGUACUGACCCCUCCCUUACCUCCAUGUCUACCCUCACUCACCUCUCACAUCUCACUUCCCUCACUCUCAGACUCGUCCCCGAGAAUCUAAUCGUCGCUGCCGUCCAAGCUAUCGGCAAGAACCUCCUCAUGUUAGAAGUCGAAUUCGAAGAAUGUGCUCGGACCUCAGUGUCGUGGGAGACUGUGGAGGAGAUUCAGACCCAUUGUUCGAGGCUGCAGCGACUAGAGUUACACCAUGUCAUCAUCACCGCCGACCCGAGCAACUUCUUGUUUCUUCCUUCUCGCCCGAGAUCCAUAUUUACAGAACUGGCGCAGAUGAACCUCUCCGGCGUAGUGAUCCAGCCCGUCCUCUUGGGUCGGCUGCUGUGCGACAACGUAGCGCUGGAAACUCUGGUGCUGGAUGUAAAUCAUGAUGCUCUCACCGACGCGUGUCUGGCUACGCUCUUGAAGAACAACAAGUUAAGCUUCCUGAACUACAUCUACCUGAGUGGCGGGUUGUUGUCUGUGUCGACCAUCAACUCGCUGCUCUCCCUGCCGGGGCUGGUCAGACUAUCGCUCCACCUACCACGUUUCCCCUUCAUCCCAGCGCCCACCUUCAGAUGCCUGCAGUACCGCCUCCUAAAGGGAAACUAUCAGUGCAUCCUCGAGAACGCAACUAAGAGUGAUUGAUUUUGAUGUCUCGUUUAGCGUUCAUAAUAACAUUUUUGUCACCAAGAAAGGGGUCUGUUGUUUUCCAACCACUUGCUUUUUUAUACACAACACCACAUCUUUCUUACGCUGAGGAAGCCACGAACGUCUCUCGCUGUCCGAUACAUAAAUCGAGAACGGAAAGAGCUAUCACUUAACACUUGGUUCACACAAUCGCCAUAACAACCCUAACUAUCAUUAUGUUGUAGUGUUAGAGUAAUAUCAAGGUCACAGCUUUAAAAACUUUCCAACUGAAAUGUUUUGACACCUCGAGUGCAGUCCAGCUUACUUUUCUGUUGUGACCCAGCCUGACCCAAGAGAGUUCCCCCAAUAAGGUCAGCUGGUUACCACAGGAAGGCAGACACCCAGGUUAGGGCAGCUCCACACGGGAAUCAAUAACUGGGCCACAAAAUACAGAUAUAAGUUGUACAAACAGUGACGAAUUGUUAAUCUUUAAAAAGAUAUCUUGUAGGUGAGCCUCCACAGUACACAACGUUAUGUACAGAAGGACUGUCACUCCUACGGGAUAUACAAACUGCGGCACUUAUAGUUUAAGCCUAACCUAACCCACCCUAACCUAACCUGAACUUCCCCUAACUUAAUCUAAUCCAACCAAACCUUAACCUAUCCCAACCUUUACUUAAUUAGAUAUCUGGCUUAAUCUAACCUAACGUAACUCAGGCUGCAGUUACUUAACAGCCAUUUGGUUCAUUAAUUGGACAACAGAAAAUUAAAAUGGAAUGUUUACAUCCACCUCCUAAACACGUAAAUUUUAUACGUAGUGGGAAAAUUAUCCUCAUACUGCUUGAAGGACGAGGUCAUAUAUCUAUUUUUUUUUAACAAAGAACUCAACAAAAUGUGCUGUUAAACUUUGGCAAAGAAUACAAACACGUAUGCAGUACUUACCAUUCAUCGAAGAACUUCCUCUAGAAAUAUGUCAGGUGCUGAAUUGGCAAGUGGGGCCCCAAACCCAGCCAGUCAUGUCUUAAACCACAAAUAUGAUAGGGGUAGCUUGUGACCAUUUGGGACCGAUGCUCUUUGACCUGUCUCGAUCUGCUUGCUGUCACAUCCAAGCCAUUGUCGUGCGAGGACUGAUUGCUAACAUGUCCAUUGUUGGCAUAUAGAAUCACAAACUGUAUAUAUAUUUAUUCAUAUCUCCAUACCUUUCCGUGAAUAAAUAAGUACUAUAACUAUUUUUACACAAAUUUUCCCACUUAUUUUACGUUUGUCAAGUGAAAUACACAAUGGAGACGUCUACGUCGAGGUAACGAGCUAUUUUUAUUAAACAUUAAAUCACUGUGAAAUAUUGGAUAGGAUUCUCAAAUAUAAAUUUCUAAUUUUUCUGUGCAUUGGGAUGAGUCAAUGAAUUUGGAGUAAAGAUAUUCGCAGUUUUACGUUUUUCAUUCCCUUUUACGGACAUAGCCUCUGGCCCGAACCAUUUUACUAAUCCUAAACUAAAUAUUUGCUAACCUACCUGUGACUUAGCUAAUAAAACCUACCCCUAGCUAACCAACUUAUCCACCCCUAACCCUACCCAAAAUCGGGAUUUUGCUUAGAUAAUCGAAUCCAGGUCCAGAUCACAACAAUUAAUUUCUGCCCAGUUUUGUCGUCAUUAAGUUACCUAGUUAAACUUGAAAAUAUUUAAGUACAAACAAUUCAUAUCCCAUACCUAAAGUGUGCUCACAAAAAUUCGCGCCUUCAAGUUUAGUGAACACCUGUCUACGAAAUGUGUAUGGCAAACACCAAUACUCCAGCCUCUAUACGGAUUAUAUUAAACAAUGGGGUGGUGAUAAAUGUUCCCUUAUAAUUAUGGUCUCCACUGUACAAUACUUCAUUUAAUUGAAUAUUGAACAUUAAACUGCCCAUGUCUAUUUUUUGUUUUUGUAUACCGAGUAUAUGUAUUUAAGGCUACUAUGUAACUGUAUAUUUGUUAAAUAUUUGGAAAUAAAGUUAAUAACCUCAUUAA